AUGCUCGUGGGAUGGCUACUACUCUACCGAGCGCGUCGGCACCCGCUGCAGGCGCUGCGUGGCCCAUCGAGCACCCACGCCAUCGCUGGCAACGGGCGCGAGUUCGCCAACUUUGCGUGGUCGGCGACGCGUCCGUUCCCAGAGCCGUUCGCUUCAUGGACCAAGCAGUACGGCGCUGCCUUUUACUACCGCGUUCUCUUUCAACACCGCGUGAACCUGGCCGACCCCGUAUCGCUGCAGCACGUGCUCGUGACCAAGGCGGCCAACUACCCUCGCGACACGAUCCCGCGCAGCAUCCUUCAAGACCAAGUGCACGCUAGCCAGCGCAAGCACGUGCACCCGCCGUUCGCGCAGACCAACCUCAAGGCGUUUGUGUCCGUCUUUGCUGCGGAGACGCGCACGCUUCUAAGUGUCUUGGACGCACUGCCAGACGGUCACGUCGUCGACGUCCCUGACCUCUUGACGCGGCUGACGCUCAACAUCAUUGGCAAAACAGCGUUUGGCUACGACUUCAAGACACUGGAUCGGACAAACGACCAAGCAGCGAUCGUUUUAAGCGCGUUUGAGAAGCUCAACACGCCGCCGCGACCGCUGUACAUCCUCGGGCUCGCGUUCCUCCCGCACUUUGAGCACUGGCCGCUGCCCUACUUGCGACAGAUCCAAGCCGCCAAGUCGACGCUCUUUCGCAUCGUCGACGACGUUAUCGCACACAAGGUGACAUCGCCAUCGCGCGACCUCCUCGACCUCUUGCUUGCCGACGCGGCGAUGACCGCCGCCGAAGCCCGGGUACACGUCAUGACGUUUAUGUUUGCGGGCCACGAGACGACGAGCAACACGCUCUCGUGGGUGCUGGCGAUGCUCGCGACGCACCCUACUGUCGAAACCGCGGUCGUCGACGAGUGCCGCCGCGCCUUGGCCGACGCCGGCGGCACUGUAUCGUGGCAGACGCUGGGCGAUCUCCCACUGCUCACAGCGACGAUCUACGAGACCUUGCGCCUGUACCCAACGGUCCCGUUCAUUACGAUGCGGACGUGCACGCAAGAUGACUGGAUCCCGCGCACGGACGACGACCCGCCGUUCUUCAUGCCCUAG